GCGCGCGGCAGAAACAGGAAGUGGGACCAAAACAAAGGAGCGGCGGCCGGGAGCGGACCUGCCUCUUUCUCUCUCUUUCGAGCUCGUUUUGGCCCUGGCCCCCGACCCCAAGGAGGCGCCCGACUAUGUCCAACAUGGAGAAACACCUGUUCAACCUAAAGUUCGCCGCCAAAGAACUCAGCAGGAGUGCCAAAAAAUGCGACAAGGAAGAAAAGGCCGAAAAGGCCAAGAUUAAAAAGGCCAUUCAGAAGGGCAACAUGGAAGUGGCGAGGAUACACGCCGAAAACGCCAUUCGCCAGAAGAACCAGGCGGUGAAUUUCCUGAGGAUGAGUGCGCGGGUCGAUGCGGUGGCUGCCAGAGUGCAGACGGCGGUGACGAUGGGCAAGGUGACCAAGUCGAUGGCCGGUGUGGUUAAGUCGAUGGACGCAACGUUGAAGACCAUGAAUCUGGAGAAGAUCUCUGCUUUGAUGGACAAAUUUGAGCACCAGUUUGAAACGCUGGACGUCCAGACGCAGCAGAUGGAAGACACGAUGAGCAGCACGACUACGCUGACCACCCCCCAGAACCAAGUGGAUAUGCUGCUCCAGGAAAUGGCAGACGAGGCUGGCCUAGACCUCAACAUGGAGCUGCCGCAGGGCCAGACCGGCUCCGUGGGCACCAGCGUGGCCUCCGCCGAGCAGGAUGAACUGUCCCAGAGACUGGCCCGCCUGCGGGAUCAGGUGUGACAGCCGAACCCCCCCUGAGGUUUCCUGGCCGUGGCCGCCUUCCGAAAUGUUCUGUAUAUUAGUGAGAUCCUCUACUGUAGGGACUCAACAUGCCAGAAUGCUGAAAUGCUCUUUACUUAAGAUGCUUCUAUCUUUGGGUUUACAGUGCUCUCCAGAUACACUAAGAAAUUCCAGGCUUCCUCCAUCUUAACUGGAUUUUAAAGUUCCGUAUAGCUUGUGAUGUGUAUUUUUAUAGCUGCUUCUUAGGUAUUUGGUGUGUAUGAAUCUUUCUCAAAAGUCUGGUCAAAACUCUCGUUCCGUAUAUUCAGUUUUCUGUCUGAAUUCUCAAAAUCGAACUUUUUAAAAUUUAGCGUAAUUGGUAAUAUCUAGAAUUGACAGGUGGUGCAUAAAAAUUGAAGAAAGGAGAAUGAUUACUUAGAUUGGUUACAGGGCUAUCAACACCUCAUUCGACUUAAUGGACAGUCUAUUUCUGUGUAUUGUUUUUUUUCUUUGCCAUCACAUCCAGACUACUGUUCUAUUGAUCUGCUCUCGUAACUUACACUAAAAUUAUGGUAGGACAUUCUGCAUAAUGUUGUCUUACUAUUUGUUCCCCCAGAUUUUUCUGUGUGGUAGUUAUCCUUUUAUAACUGGAGAAAAUGCCACAUAAUUUAUUAUAAGGAAAAAUUGUUCACUCAUUUAUAUUUUCUUUUACUAAAGAGCUUUUCAAAAGACACGGUUUAACAUGACAGUUUCAUAUGAACAUCUUGAACACAUUUCUAGUUCUUUUCCUAUUUCAACACUUUGAUUAAACGUGUCAUAAAGUAUGUUAAUUAGCAUGGCAGUCAUGAUUACUCUAACAUUGCCAAAGAACUGUUGAUUAGUUUUGAGAAAACCAUGGGGUGGUGUGUUUGUAGAUUUUGUUUAGAUGUUAAUAACCAAAAAUAGGUAUAAAAUUAGAACUGCUUUUCAAGUUCUAAUUAUUUGCAUUUAUUAUUUUCUUUUAAAGCAACAACUUGUUGAAAAACCUUAGAAAUGUAAAUUGGAAUAUUUUAUUUAGCCAUGCAAAUAACUUAAAUCUAAAUGCAGCCAUCUGGAAGUCUGAGAAGGAAAGAUGCAGAAUGGGACAGCAGGCUUGACCCUCUAAGGCUAGAGCCCAUCUUUGCUGCAUUUCUUCUUUCUGGGACAGAAGUGUGUAUUCUCUGUCUGCAAAGUAAAGCCUGUAGCCACCACUUUCUCAUAGCCUCCAAACAUGGAGAGCAGCAAUUUGCUUUUGCCUUGGCAAGUAUAUUAAUCGAAGUCAAAUACUUAAGGAUGUUUGAAAUUCCCCCCUUCCUCCCCUGGUAGAUUUCCCCAUAAAAGAAUUCAGUGUUUCAGAAGAUACUUCUAGGGAUUCUUCGAAGCCCUUUGAAAGAUUCAUGACCAAAUAGUCACCAUUACGUUUUCCAGUAUGAAUGAGUGUGUUAAAGGAAAAAAAAAAAAAAAAGAACAGGUAUAUGCAGAUGAGGACUUACCCUCAUAUUUAAGUGUCUUUAUAUCUGACUGGAUAUUGUUCCAAAGUCUUCCUUAAGGGACACCUGUCGGUUGUCUGUCCUGCAUCUUCUUUCUAACUAAGACUUUUCCCUUUUGGUGUCUCUUCUCAUCCAUAUGGUUGCACAGAAGCAGCUAUGUGAGUAUAGCAUGAGUCGUACCCCUCUUUAGACUGGAAAAAAUAAUUACAACUUAAAGUAAAGCUCAGUGUCAAAUCCUUUGGUAAAUUAAAGACCCUUUUAUAGUGCAAAUAUUCCCAACAAAAUUAAUAUAUUUUGUGAGAUUAAACAAUGCUUGUAUAUGCUUGAACUUUCUUAAAAUAUGUUCAUUUCAAACUAUAUGAAUGUACAUUUUUAUGAACCAUAAAUAUUUUCAAAAGCAUACCAGGCCCAUGAAUUAUUUCCUCACUUUUGCAGUUGAUGAAAUGCUAAAAUGUAAACCACAGAAGUUUGUCAAAUAAAUCAUUUUAAACUGCA